UUUUUCGCUCUCCAUUGUUAUUGGAGACGUCAAGAUGGGGAGGUUGCCUUUCGAUCUUCUGAUUUUUUCCUCUAUAUUGUUAAUUCAAUGCCAAGCAAACGCUCUGGAUAACACAACAAAGAACGGUUUAGAUCCCAACAGGGAAAGAGGAGGUAAUAAGGCGAAUUCCCCAUUCGUUUCCAGGUUUCAGCGAACAUGUUCAACUCAAGAAUGUAAGGAAAAGGAAUUUAAUGAUAUGCUUGACUCCAUUCUAAGUUCGGAAACAACUACGGAGAAUGAACCGACAAAGGCUCCACCGAAGAUGGCUCCACAUACACCACGUCCUCCCUACAAGGUUCGACGAAGGAGAAACGGACACAUUCUUCAUGACAUUGUAUCAUGGGUUGAAAGAACAAAGAGGGCAAUAUUUGCAUUUGGGUAACUUUUUCACUUAGUUAUUUUCAAGGGAAAUACAAAAUAUUCACUUAAAA